AUGGCUCACUUUGCGCAGGUCAUGGCUGAAGUGGGCGACUUUGGUCGCUUCCAGGCACAGGUGACCAUCCUGAUGGGCAUCCCCAAUUUCCUGUCUGCCUUCUUCGUGUUUAGUCAGGUCUUCAUGGUCCUCGAUGAGGCUCACCACUGCUCAGUGCCCUGGGUCAAGAACCACACUCUCAACCUAAGUGCUGCAGAGCAGCUGGCAGUAAGCAUACCCAACGACACAGCGGGCAGACCUGAGUCCUGCCUCAUGUUCCAGCCACCUCCUGACAAUGCCAGCCUGGAAGACAUCCUCAGCCACCGCUUCAAUGAGACACAGGCCUGCGACUCAGGCUGGGAGUAUCCUGAGAACAGGCCUCAGUCCCUAAAGAAUGAGUUUGACCUGGUGUGUGGUCGGAAGUACCUGAAGAGGACUUUACAGUCGGUAGUCAUGGCUGGUCUCCUCGUUGGGGCCCUCAUCUUUGGGCCCCUCUGUGACUGGAUUGGCCGUAGACCCUCUCUCCUGGUGCAGCUGCUUCUGUCUGCCAUCAUGGGCAUGGCCGCAGCCGGUGUGUCCAGCUUUGAGCUUUAUAUGACCCUAAGCUUUGGCUUGGCUACCACUGUGGCUGGAUUUUUACUCAGCACCAAUGUCCUCCUUUCAGAAUGGGUGGGGCCAUCCUGGAGAACACGGGCCAUGGUCCUGUCCCAGAGUAACAUUGCCAUUGGACUGAUGGUGCUAGCAGGCCUGGCCUAUGGUGUCCGCAACUGGAGACUCCUUCAGAUCAUAGGCACGGCACCAGUCUUCCUGCUCAUCUUCUACUUCUGGGUUUUGCCAGAAUCUCCUCGGUGGCUCCUCUCCAAAGGAAGGAUAGAGGAGGCCAAACAACUGAUCCAGAAGGCAGCCUUGGUGAACAGGCGUUCCCUUUCUCCAGAACUCCUGAGCCAGCUGAUCCCUGAGAAGACAGGUCCCUCGGGAAAUGCGCUGGAUCUUUUCAGACACCCCUAUCUCAGGAAGGUGACACUGGUUCUCAUUGCUUCAUCUUCUGCCUUCACCAUAUCCUAUGUGUACACUGCUGAGCUGUACCCCACCAUCAUCAGGCAAACAGGCAUGGGGCUGGUGAGCAUCUUCUCCAGGAUUGCUGGCAUCAUCACACCGCUCGUGAUGCUGCUGGAACAGUACCACAGGGCUGUUCCCAUGGUCGUCUUUGGCAGCUUCCCCAUCGUGGCAGGCCUACUGUGUGCUCUGCUGCCUGAGACGAAGGGCCAGACCCUGAAGGACACCAUCCAGGAACUGGAGAAGGGGCACCCCCCGCGGUCCCACAACACCGCACCCCAGAGAAAAGAAAUGGACGCCACAGGAAGGACUUCCAGCAUGAGGAAUGCCAUUGUGAAUAGUUCAUACUUCUGA